CUUGCUUUUUUUGGUUUCAACAUCAUGACAGUCAUCGUUCAUCACCUUCCCUUUGGAAAUGGAUCAGAAGUUGAAGCAGGGGAAAACAAGGUACCAAUUGAUGACAAAGAAUUGGUGCCACAAAUCAACUCAUUUGGCCAUACCUUUAGAGACUAGGAUGCUGAAAGCGAGAGACAGGAAGGUGUGGAGUGUUUCUAUCAACUCAACCAUGUUAAUCAGACAUAUGAUUUUGUGAAGAGAAUGAGACAAGAGUAUGGAAGUUUAAAUAGGGUGGAGAUGAGCAUAUGGGAAUGCUGUGAGCUACUUAAUCAAGUGGUUGAUGAGAGUGAUCCUGAUCUUGAUGAACCUCAAAUUCAGCACUUACUACAGACUGCUGAGGCCAUCAGAAGAGAUUAUCCUAAUCAUGAUUGGCUCCAUUUAACUGCCCUUAUUCAUGAUCUUGGAAAGGUCUUCGGAGGACUUCCUCAAUGGGCGGUCGUAGGUGACACCUUUCCUCUUGGCUGCGCUUUCCAUGACUCCAUUGUUCAUCACAAGUAUUUCAAGGAAAACCCUGACUACAACAAUUCCGCGUACAACACUAAAUAUGGGAUUUACCAUCGAGGAUGCGGACUGGACAACGUCAUGAUGUCGUGGGGGCACGAUGACUACAUGUUUUUGGUGGCAAAAGAGAACAAAACCAGUCUGCCUCCGGCGGCUCUUUUCAUCAUCAGAUACCAUUCAUUUUACGCUCUGCACAAGUCAAGAGCCUACAGGCACCUAAUGAAUGAGGAGGAUGUUGAAAAUCUAAAAUGGUUGCAAAUUUUCAACAAAUAUGACUUGUAUAGCAAGAGCAAAAUCCGAAUUGAUGUGGAGAAAGUGAAGCCAUAUUAUCUCUCCCUCCUUGAAAAGUACUUUCCGGAGAAGUUAAAAUGGUGA